UUUAAAUAUGGAUGUUUUAAAUAUUUGACGCACAGGUGUCAGUAUCUACGGAGACAGAUUUGUUGACGAGAACUACGUUUUAUCACACAAAGCCGCUGGUUACGUUUCCAUGGCAAACCAUGGCAAAGACACAAAUGGAUCCCAGUUUUUCAUCCUGUUAACUAAGGCCAGGUGGCUGGACGAAAAGCAUGUGGUUUUCGGCAAAGUCAUCAACGGAAUGGAUGUUGUCCGACAAAUUGGAGAAGUUCCCGCAAGCAAUGUUAACGCUUUGCCCAAAAGGAAAGUCGACAUAGUAGACAGUGGGGUAGUUGGGAUCCAGAAGAAAUAUGAAUUAACUGAAGAACAAAUGGCGUCCGAUGACGAUAUCUAAACUAAAAAAAAA